UAAGUUGGGGGCUCUGACAGGAGCAGAUAACAUCACAAUGCAGUGGCAUUGUAUGACCUGAUGGGGACAGACUUCACUUGUCAGAGGGACUUGCUGUUUCCCCCCUCACUUUCUGUUACUAUUGCAAUAUGACCGACAAGAUGAAUCACAGCUCCAAUGAACCAGAAGUGGAGACCACUGAGCCGCUGCAUUUCCUCAGUAAGGUGGAAGCAUCAGCCAUUGAGACAGAGUUGCUGCGGGACUACCGGUUUGGGCAGCAGCAGCUGAUCGAGAUCUGGGGUUAUGCCUGCGCCAUUGCCAUAACCAAGGCUUUUCCUCUGAAGUCAAUCAGCAAAAAGCAGCCCACAGUCCUGGUGGUUUGUGGCCCUGAGCAGAAUGGCUCGGUCGGCCUUGUGUGUGCCCGACACCUGCGUAUAUUUGAGUAUGAGCCAACAAUCUACUAUCCAAAGCGUUCCUCACACAGCGUGCACCAGGAUUUCACCGUUCAGUGCGAAAAGAUGGACAUCCCAUUUCUGUCCUACCUGCCCACUGAGGUCCAGUUGAUAAAUGAUGCCUACAACUUGGUAAUUGAUGCAACCCUGGGUCCAGAAAGUGACCCCAAAGAUAUCAAGGAGCCUUACUCCAGUAUCCUGGUGACCUUGAAACAGGUCAAAAUACCGAUAGCCAGUGUUGAUGUGCCCUUAGGUUGGGAUGCUGAUGAGGCCGAUAAGGAGGGAAUCAGCCCUGAAGUGCUUAUAUCUCUUGUGGCCCCCAAAAAGUGUGCCACUAAUUUCUCUGGGAAGCACUUUCUGGCAGGACGCUUCCUUCCUUAUGACAUACAGAAAAAAUAUGAACUCAAUCUCCCAGAAUUCCCUGAGACAGAGUGUCUUAUAGAACUGUAAUACAUGCACAUAAAUAUGAAUAUUUUCGAUACACAAUUAAGGAUCAUAUAUACUUGUUUUGUAUUUUAUAGAUUCUGCAUUGGUUCUCUAAAGAAUAGGUUAUCUUGCCCAAGUGAGAAUGUGAUUUUUUUUGGCCACUUGCUCCAGAAGUAAUGUUUUAAAAUGUUUUAGAAUCAGAAUCUGUGGUUAGUCUGAGUUGUGCAAUGUUUCUUGGAAAACUGUUGCAGGGUUGUUCCCCUGUUCCCCUUUUCUGCGCCUUCAAAAACAAAACAGUCCACUGUUUUUUUUUCUCUUGAUGAAAACUGCCUUUCCCUAGAACCAACUUUUCAAACAUCAGCUAGCAUUUCACAACACUUUCAGUGACUACUGUACCUCAUGCUGAAGCUGUCUGAUCUUAAACUCAGUUUGCUGUUGUCCAUAUGUGCACAAAAUUAGUGACUUUUUUCCAGAAAACUGCACUUCCUCACUUCAUUAAUCCUUCAUGUUAUUCAGAUGUUAUAAACUACCAUGGUGGAAUGUAUAAAAGUAGUCUGGUUAGGACCAUUUUACACAGCUGCAAUGCCUUCACUCAGGCCAGCUCAAAGGUGGAAGGUAUACUCAGUCAAAAGCCUCACUGGAGACGUGCCACCGGUAUGUUCCAGGGUGGAGCUCAACAACAAAUUACUUUCUCUUGCAAGCCUUUUGGAUGUGAUUCUUCUUUGUUGUAUUUAGCUCCUCCUGUUUUUUGUCUGUCAUGUAUUUAUUUAUUUAUUUACAAAAUGCUGGUGAGAAUAUUUUCAGUAUGUGAAUGGCACCCCUUUGAUAUUUACUGUCUGUGGAUAGAUGAAUGUUACUUUUUUCCUUUUUAAAACUACUGUAUCUCUUUAGUUCAAUGGAUGUUUUUGCUCAUGAACAGUUAGUAUUUCCCAAUCAAAUAAAAUUUCUCACUUUAAAUUAA